UCGGUAGUCAAGUGCGGAGUAAUAUAUAACUAGCGUUUGCGCAUGACUUUUAAUUUAGUUCGUAUCCUGCUCAUCCUGUUCAUGUCGUUAACUGGUGUCGAGGUCAUACAAUACAGCUAACAGCACUAAAAUGUUUUCAAGAGUCUUGAAAUCCACACAACUUUGCUAUGUCUUUCGCAGCAACUUUUCAACAUCAUCUAAGGUAAUAUGGCUAAUGGGUACUUUUUUGCUCGGAUACUUAUAAUUUCUGUCGCAACGAAACUAGAUGGUGAUCUUAAUAUUAGAGUUGGAGAAAGAAGACUCGAAGGUUGAAAGUUGAGCAUUUCUUGCGGCGGCUCAAAUCACAUCAUACACUAGCUUAUAAAAGGCCAACCAGGUGUCCAUUCAAACCCUAAGUACUCGCACUAUCAGAUACCACCUUGUGAUUCCAUGUGUGAGUGAACGACUCCCAUGUUAAUGAUAAUUAGGGGGAGAGAUCUACCGAGAUUUCAAUUAGGUUUUGGUAGAAAAUUAGAAUGACUAUGAAGGAAAUGUACAAGUUGUAACAAGGUACCGCUAUGGAGUAUGGUAAAAAACCCCAAAAAAGGAAGCAACAAAACGAACAUGUCACCAAGAAGCCUUCUUUAGUGGACAAAUAGGCUACUAAAUCAAAUAUAAAAAUAAAAACAGCUGAAAUGUUGUAUGCCCAGAGGACAGCAAACGGAAUGUGGUAGACCAUUCUUUGAUUUUAGUCAUAGUAGGCAUAUCGAUACCCGCUCGCGCAUUCAGUUUGCGCAUACGGAAAAAAGACGCGAAAACUGAAGUGGCCAUGUUACAAUCGCUUCUACGGUGACCUCAACUUUUAUGCGUUUUACGUCACAGUUUCCUAUUUGUACAUUUAUUUUGUCAUCAAUUACGAUAAAUAUUUUUCUUCCGGUGACGCACAUAUCUUUAGACCAACUUGAUUUAUCUCUGUUCUUUUGUUGUGUCACUUUGACCAUACGGUAAGCUAUAAAUAUGCAUAAAUACUCCGUUUCAGCUAUUGCACAACAUUUAAACCUAAAGAAUCGAGUUAAGCAUCUAAAUUGACUGAGGAAUAACUUUGAAAUAUUACAAAUUCUAUUUGCUAGGUUAUAAUAAACCUUUCUUAUUUUCGUCACCCUCCCAUCACCAGACGGAAAAAAUAAAUUUCUCCAUAUUUUGUAUCUUCACCGGAAACGAAAUUCGCUCUCGGUAUCAAUAAAAAAAAAGUUUUAAUAUUCCGUAAUCUUUUAGAAUCUGAAUAAAUCUAAGUAAAUUGCAAUUUUAGAAUACAGAAAUUGAAAUAAUAAAUAAAAUCUAAUUUAAGUUUGCUUCCACCUACUAUUUCUAGACCUACAACUACAAUUUAACUAUAAUUUAUAGGUCAAACUCUACUCUACUUUACUAACUCACUAAGCUUAGCCACUAAGACUAAGUUAGACGUAAGUUUUCAGUACCGGUACCAUUUACUAAUCUAUACUAUAAUAAUAAUAAUUAUACCUAUAAACUAUUAAGUUUAAUAAACGAAUACAAAUUUUCUAGUACUACAUAAGGCCUAAUUUACAUAAUCAAAUUGUUAAUAUAUUAAUAUAUUGAUAAUUUCCAAAUUUGGUAAAUAGAAAUCAAAUUAAAUUUAAAUUAUAAAUUAUAAUAAUUUUUAAUAAUUAAAUAUUAAUGAUAAUAUAUAAUAUAAAAGUUUUAUAAAAUACAUCAAAUUAAUAAACAAGACUCAAACAUCAUCAUAGUAAUUAUAUUUUUAUUAGAACAUAGAAAAGCAGUACAUAGAACACAUUUUUUAAAUAAAUUAGUCGUCUUCAUAUACAUGCGUUCAAUUUUAUACAUAAAAAAAAGACUACUUACCAUUUUAUAAAUAUAAUAAUUGAUUUAAAAUUUAACACACAUAAUAAAAUUAGUUAAAAUUCAAUAAACAUGUUAUUUUUUCGUUUUUUCCUGUAUAAAUAAUGAUUUUCUCAAUUUUUCUGUUCACUUUUUUCUGAACAUACCCUCAAAGAAAUAUAUUAAAAAAUAAAAGUCUUGAUGUUAUAUAAAAGUUUUGUUGUUUAUUGCGUUGUAUAUUGCAUUGAGAAUGUCUCCUGAAAAUUUGGUAGCAUUAUCUUUUAAAAUCCAAAAGUUUUGGGCAAAAUAAGGCAGAAAUUUGGAAAGUGGGUCACACGUUUUUUCAUUUAAAUACUAAGAUAAAGAAGGGGGUUUUAAAAAAUCACCAAAAAAAUCAUAACUCCACUUCUAUAAAAGAUAGAAAGAUGAAAUUGGUUUUGUUGUAAAGCUUAUAGCUAGCCCUUUAAAAUGAUGUAUGAUUCAUGACAAUCAGACAAUAUUUAAAUUGUGUGUCAAAGUACCUAGUCAUAGUUAAUAUAGCCUAUUAUUAUUAUUAUAGGCAAAGGGGGGAGGAAAAGUAAGUCCAAGGUGAUUUUUUUGUAAAAAAGGGGGUUGGAGAAAAGAGCUAACUAGUGAAGCAGAACAUGACAUUCAUGCCAAGUGGUGUCAAGGUCUCAUAGGUUAUAGGUGUUUAUCAGAUUGUUCUGAGUUUACCCUGGUGGUAAUUGUAAAAUUGCUUUUGGUCACUUCUAAUUAAGUGUGUUGAUAUAUGUUGUUCAUCCGUCGAGGAUCGACGAGGACCAUCGAGUCGUCCAGUGACUGAUGACUUUCGCAGGCGACUUUUGUUUAAAGUGAGGAAGAGUUGCGCGACGUCAACUCAACGUCAUCCGGGCCCACCAUAUACAGUGGCAAGACUCUACGUCAAGACGACCAGGGAUGGGUACUGUAGCAGGAAUUGUCAUUGUAUGCGCCUUACGGGACUCCAACUCAGGGUUUGAAUUCAGAGUUUCCUUCUCUUAGAUGAGUUGCUGACCAAGGUUAACAAGUCUCAUCCACCCGGAGUGAUGUUUUUGCUUGACUGGCCUUUGGCUGUAAUUUAACUUCAGUUUAGACCAUUCGGCCACCCAGUCAUCCAUGCAGUGAAUGACCAUGGCGUUCUACGUGUCUGGCCAUGCUCUUAGUGAUUCACAUCACUUUGCUGUCUCCGCCUUUUGUCCGCUGACCAAGUAGUGGUUUUUCCACACAAUUUGCCAGAUUCAGUCUUUACAUGCUAUGGGGGACAAGCCCUUUUUUUUCUGAAAGUUCUAUGCCUUUCAGCUACCCUCAACCUGGAAUCAUUGUCUGGGUUGCUGUCGCUGUGCAUGUUACAGCUUCUAUGAACCACAGGUGAGAGCUGAGUACAGAGACUUCCGACUAUUUCCUAUCAAGAUGGCUUCUUCCUAUUCAACCUAACAGUAGAUCUAUAUUGUAGUUGAAUUUAGUUGAGAUAUGACAUUGUUUAUCUUGCACAAUAUUUCGAAGGUGUAUAGUAAAUCUGUCUGAAAGACCCAUCUCGCCCAGAUAACCUAUAGCUAUGGGUGGCAUAAAUGACAUUGUUGCUGUAGUUUUCAGAAGUGACAGUUUCCUCUACACAAACAACACAAGCCACAGUGUUAUCCGCUGCUGUCAUGGCAACAAAGAUGACUGCUGUGUAGAAAGAAAGUAGUUACCAACACAGGGAAACCUGGUACCGGCCGGAUAGCAAAAAUUUUCCCCAAUUUUUGUUUGGCAUGACUUGCGUUGCUUGUAUUUUAAUUUACUAUUUUACUCACUAUAUGCCUAAUUUGUUUUAUUUGACCAUUUUUACCCUGUCUACUAAUCUGUUGUCUCUGAGUAAUAUAGAAAAAUCGAAGUCUUAGUUUGGCAGGGCUAUGGCUUGCCUGGUUACUAUCUUCAGUUACAAAACAUUUUCACAUUCACUACUACUGAGGGCUAUCUUUACUUAUAAGCUAUAUAGAAAAAGCAUGCAUAACAUUAAAUAUUAUUGCAGUAAUCCUAAGUGUUUUAACCUAGAAGCCUAGCCUAUUGGUAAAUUAAGCAAGAAUAAAAAUCAGUUAUGCUUAAUGAUAGCCUGCUACUUACUAGAGUACUAUACUAUACCUUUGAUUAAAUUUACUGGCCAACAGGAAAAAUUAGGUCACCUUUUUGAUUUGGAAAACGUUUUCAAAAUAAUCAGUGACAUUUAAAAUAAUCUGCUGCAUUUGACAUUCUUUUAGGAUGUUUAGGAAGUUCAAAAACUAAAAAAAAAAAAUAUUAAUUUCAAAACUAAUGAAUGCAAAGCCCUAUCAAAAUAAUUCUAGUCAGAACUGAAAUAUUGGUAAGUUUAAUGAUACAUUUUAAUCUCAACUAUAUUUAUAUUUUUUUUUCCUUGGUCAGGUUGAUGUGAAAGUAGCAGUGUUGGGAGCUGCUGGUGGAAUUGGCCAACCACUAUCUCUGCUGUUGAAGCAAUCACCUUUAAUUUCACAUUUAGCUUUGUAUGAUAUCGCGCACACACCAGGGGUUGCUGCUGACCUUAGUCACAUAGAAACAAGGCCAAAAGUAACAGGUCAUCUUGGAAGUGAACAGUUAGCAGAAUGUGUGAAAGGAGCAGCUCUGGUCUUGAUUCCUGCUGGGGUGCCUAGAAAGCCAGGUUUGUAUCAGAUAUUAAUCUUUUUAAAUGUUCUAACUCUACAGGUGUAUAAAAGGAAAUCUCUAAAUCUGAUAAAUAGUUUGCAAACACAAAAAAUAUUUUUCAGUUAUAUUAACAUAUUUUAAUGUUGACUAUUUGUGUGGAUUUAAAAAUUAUGAAAUAUGUGUUUUUGACCUGUCAUCUUAUGUUGUGUUAGUUUAUGACCCGGCUAACCCUGGACAAUAUCAGUGGACAGUCAAGUCAGUAAUGAUUUCAGUAUAAUAAAUUCUUGCUACCAUAAUAUUUAUCUUUAAAAUUAUAAAAUUACUAUCACACCAGAGUAAUUGUAUUAUAAGUCGUGCAGUUGAGACAUAGCUUUUGUGAUCAAUUAUAUUUUUGUGUGUGAUUAUUUUUCAGGUAUGACAAGAGAUGAUCUGUUUAAUACAAAUGCAAGUAUUGUUGCAAACCUUAUUGAUGCCUGUGCUAAAAACUGCCCUAAAGCAAUGAUUGGAAUUAUCACUAACCCUGUACGUAUAAAUUUUUUUUUAAAUUUCAUUUUUUAAGAAAAUUUUCCCCCUAUUAAAUCAAGAUUUUUUUGUUAAGGGUGUUCUCUACUGUUAAAAUUGACUGCUAUUCUCAUGACAACAUAGCACUUCAUUUUUUUUUUUUUACUAAGUGUUAAGAGAGAUAGUUAUGCACUUCAUUCUUCUUUUAACUAGGUUUUAAGAGAGUUAGAAUUUUAGAAUCGCUUUCCAAAUUCAAAUGAAGUUAACUAUCAAACUUAGAUGAUUUACGUUUGAACAGAUUGAUAUAGAGUUUGUUUACAUUAUUUUAGAAAGUAUAGUUAAUUACCCUAUGGUUGCAGAUAACUUUUGAUCAGACUUAAAUUUAGCUCUACCACAUAAUAUAUCGGUAAGUGUUGCGAUAGGUGACUGACAGUGGCUGUGACUGAUAUCCAAAUUAAUUGAUAUUAUUAUUAAAAGAUUAUUAUAUACAUAGCAAUAACUUUAUAUGUUUUUACAGGUAAAUUCUACAGUUCCAAUUGCUGCUGAGGUGUUAAAAAAGCGUGGAGUCUUUGAUGAAAAAAGAUUAUUUGGAGUGACCACUCUUGAUGUAGUGAGAUCCAACACUUUUAUCGCAGAAGGAAAGGUUAGUCAUUAUGCUACCAAUACUGCAACUCCAAAAUUUAAAUAUCAUUUUAAAUGUAAUAAUGUUACACAACUAAAUGAUUCUAAAUUUUUUCGUUGUUUAAAAUGUAAUUAUGUAAAUCAUUUUUUAUUUUUUUAUUUUCAGGGUCUCGAUGUGACUAAAGUGAACUGUCCAGUUAUUGGUGGUCAUAGUGGUAUCACAAUCGUGCCAGUCAUUUCUCAGUGUACACCUGCUGUUUCUUUUCCCCAGGUUUGCCUUAUAAAAAAGAUUACCUGAGUAUUUUAUAUUUCAUCUAUUAUAAUAAGAGUUUAGUCUCAUUCAUGUUUUUUCUUUAGGUUAGUUACUUUGCAAAUAUUUCAUUUAAAACCUUUGAAGCACAACACACUGUUAUGUUGUAAUGCAGAUUGACUUUAAGUCCACUGAUACCUUGAGUAUUUUAAAGUUAGACUUUUUACUUUUUGGUAAGUAUAUCUAUAUACUGUACACAUGCUGGGAGGUGGUUAAAUGUAUGAAAGCAUGUUACUUCUUCAAUAACUUCCGAGAUAUACAGCUCUCAGUAACUGACAGGAGAUGUCAGGUAGUGUUUAAAAAAUGAAAUAGGUUUAUAACCAUAUGAAUUCCUGUAUUUAGAUAUCAAAACAGACUUUGAUUAGAUGAAGUCUGGAUCUGGCGUUGUAUGUUGUUGUGCGUUUUCUUUUGGUUAAUAUUUAGCCCAUCCUUUCUUGAAACUUAGCCCUGUUUCAUAACUCUAUUUAAACUCUCGCAUAAAUUAAAAUAACAUUAAUCAGAUAAGAUAUCCUUUUAUAUAUCAUUUUAGGAGGAAAGGAUCAAGUUAAGUGUGAGAAUCCAGAAUGCUGGUACUGAAGUUGUCGAAGCAAAGGCUGGCGCAGUAAGUUGUAAAACAAUCAUUAAAUCAAUGGUACUUGGUGAAGCUUUUACACAAAUGUUUCUGACAAACUGCAAGUGUACCUCCUGCAGUUAUUUUAACAUGGGGUUGAAAUUUUAAAAUAUACAUUACUAUUAGACUAAUUAGGUAUUCUAAAUGAGCCGGCGAAAAUUACGCUUCGGGGAGAACAUUUUUUUUUUUUUGGUUGGGUCGCGCCAGCUCGCUACGCUAAAGCUUCGUUAUACAGGUGCGUUCAGUAACAACUGAUCUAGAAAGUAGAAAAGUAGUUCUUUAAUAUGAUGUAUUUUUCGGAGCUGUAAACUGUAAAUUAAUGCUAAAUAACGUUGAUUUUAACACAAAAAUUGCGUUUUCUAUGUGAAAAAAUCACUUUACGGCUCUCAAAAAUAUAUAUUCAGAAAGGUAAUCCAAUUUACUAUAAAACUGUUAUAGUUUUGUGAACGCCCCAUUUAUGGGGUAAACGCGUAAAGGUUUGGAACCAAGUCAACGCCGUCUGCUAAAAAAAAGUGCAAAUCGACCCCGCCACGGCCAACUCUGAUCUGUGAAACCAGAAGGCGAUGACUAAUUUUAUCUAAGAUCUUCUUAAAUUUAGUGCCUUUUCGUGGGUUUUAAACUGAAAUAGGUAAGUUAAACAUUAUUGUUUAGUUUGGGAAUGUUUAAAUUAUAUAGAAAGCUUUUUAUUGCAUACAUUUGUUAAUUUAGUGUGGGCUUAUCGAUAACUAAUGCGUGUUUCUUACGCCUAGUGAAAAAUGACGAUCAAGCUUUAUUUUAAAAUCAUCUGUAUUUAUUUUAAGAUAGCGGAGAAAGAAAAGGAAAAUAUAAUUAGUUCAAUGAAAUGUUUAAAUAUUUAAUGGUAUUUAUUUUGUAGCUAUGCAAUUUGUUUGGAAACUGCAGUAAAUCAUUAAACUCGGAUAAUUCAGCCGAUUCAAGCGAAGCAUUCAUGUUGGGUCGAAGCAUUAUUGUUGCGAGGGUGAACGGGAUGCUUUAAUUUUAGUGGAGUUCAUUUUUAAACUAGAAAUUCGAUUGUUAAUCCAUUUUAUAAAUAAAUGUAUAUGGUAUGAGGCAUAAGAAAGUGAUGCAAUGUUAAUUAUUCUUAUUUCUCUAAGUUAUAAAGCUAGUUUUAAAAAUUAGUUACCGAUACCUAGUCUUUCACCCCCUUUCGUAAAUGUCGAAUUCCAAAAUUAACCUUACUGAAAAAAUUACUCCUUUACUUUACUAACGUUAUCAAUUAUAUACCGUGUAUGCAGUAUUCAUAUUAAUUAGGGCAAAUAGGAGGCAGUUAAAAUCUUGUAAACUUUUGAGUUUUAAUUUUAACAUUUCAUAUUUCAGUGGUUGAAACUGAAAACAACUUAAGACAGAUACCAUUCCAUUACAAAAGAACGAGAAGACCCAGACCACUGCCAAAACAUGCCGUGUAACAACACUAACACUGGACAACAGUCAACAGUACAGGUUAGUACUACCGCUUGUAAUAUCAUUAGUUAUAUUUGCAUUUUGUUAUUAUAUUGAUAGCAAUGACAUGAUCAUAAAUGCUAAGUUGAUAACCAUUACUAUUAAAUAAUAUAAAUUAAAUACAAUUUAAUUAAUACGGUACAAAUUAAAUAAAAUAUUCUUCUCCCAGGUUGUUGGUGUACAAGAACAGAUUACAGAAAUGUCUCAUUAAACCAGUGCAGGGAAAUGUCUCUAAACUGACUAAUAAAUCCAUACAGACGUGCUAAUAAAGGCAGAAAAUUGAUUUUCAUUACUAAUUCAUAGUUAAUAAUGUUUCCUACAGAUUUUCCAUAACUUUUAUAGAUAUAUAUACCAGGUAUAUCUAAUUACGAACAUUUUUUAAGGUGCUGGAAAGUAUAAAUUUUCAGUGCAAAAAUGCCCAUUUUUAAAAUAUAUGUGGAGAAGAAUUUUGUUUCCUAAACCUAAGUCUGUUACUUUAUUAUUGAAAAGAUUAACAUGUUCUACAAUACUGUGUAACAUUCGUAAAGAUAUCUUGCUUCGUUAAUUUUUUAUGAAUUUUCAAAAAUGUUUGAAAUUCUCAAUUUUUGUGUACAUGCCUUGCUGAAAUAAUUUAUGUAAAUUAUUUUGUUGUUUUCACCUUUACCUGAUGAUUUCACAUUGUUGUGCUUUAAAUUACCUUUUACUUGACUCCUGUAUAUUUAUAAUAACUUAACUAAUUGAUUUUUUAUGAUUUUUUAAAAAUGAACUAAAAUCGACUUUUUGUCUCCAUUUUAAUAUUUUGUAAAAUUGGGCUUCAGCUCGUUUUUGGAUGAAUAAAAAAUAUAUUUACAUUUUUGUGACAACCCUAAAAAAAAUUGAGCUUGUUAUAUGUAUAACUGGUUGUGUGGGCAAGAGAUUUGAAAGUUCUAACUUAGUUAUUUUAGGAGAUAGCGGGUGUCAAAACUACACUUUCCUGGCUUCUAAAAAUUGACCCUGUUCCCGAUUUUUAAAAAAUUUAUAACUUUUUUAUUGUUGGAGAUAGAGAGUUAAAAUUUGUGGUUCUGUUCUGAUGAAGUCAAGCUCUAUUUAGGGGAAUAGUUGAAUUUUAUUUAAUUUCGUUAUGAAAUUUUCAUUUAGAAUACCUAGACUAAUGUAAACAUACAUUUUUAAAAUUUAGAUUUGCGUUCUUACUUUCAUUUCAAUUUUAAUGACUAAUUCUAUUGUGGUUUUACUAAUCAGAUUUAAGUUAUGCUUACAUGACAAAUAGAAAAAACAAUGAUGAUAUGUGUAUAUUUUGAUAAAACUCGUGUCAAGAGUUAGCCAAUGUUAUCAUCAGUUCUCUUGUUAAUUUUGACUUUGGCCUAAGUUCUUAUUUCUGUAUGCAGCACCUUCUCCACCCAUGCUCUUUAGACAAAAAAAACAAGUUAUGCCCUCCACUUUCUAAAUUUGUAAAGAAUAUUAAAUGGCAUUACAAUACAUGACCCUGUGUAGUCAAUGUUGGGAUAAAUUUAUUCACAUGCUAUGUCAAAUGCAUUUUGUGUUUACCUCAUUUCAGGGAUCUGCUACUCUCUCUAUGGCUUAUGCUGCAAACAAAUUUGCUCGUGAUCUCCUUGAGGCAAUGAAUGGCACAGAAGGCAAAGUGCAGUGUGCAUUUGUACGUUCUGAUGAAACAGAAGCAAAAUACUUUGCCACCCCUGUUUUAUUAGGCGUAAGUCAUUUCCUUCCAUCAGAAAAGUUUGAUAACUCAUUAUUUAACUCAGAUCAGACAUAGGUUGUGUGAAGUUCAAAGAGCCCUAUUUAUGGCUUAUAGUUCAUAUUUUUUCUGUUAACUAUCAUUAGUAUCAUAGUUGGAAAUUGUCGCAACUUCCUUUUUUUUCACCUAAGGUAAUAGCCAGAGUAGAAAUCUGAAAUAAAACAAAAAUGAUGAAAGCACAAAAAAAAGUUUUGUAAAGUUACAUUUUAAGGUUUCUCCAGACGUAUUGAGAGAACACGGGUUAAGAUUCCAAAAGUUUUUGUUAUUAUAAAAUUUAAAUGCUCUAUUUAAACUAAUUACAGAAAAAUGGCGUAGAAAAGAAUCUUGGGAUUGGCCAUUUGUUGGACUAUGAACGCAAUCUAGUGACAGCUGCAAUGCCAGAGCUUAUUGCCAACAUCAAGAAAGGGGAGGAAUUUGUUGCAAAAAAUUUCAAGUGAAUGUCAACAGAUAUAUACAAUGUACAAAAAAUAACUACUUGAUAUUUUGUUGAUAAAAGUGAUUUAAUUCUGUGAAUGGCUGAGAAUUUACAUGUAACAAAUUUAGUGUCUAAUUUAAGUGCAAGUCAUUUAACAUAAAAGCAAAAAUCAUGAAGAGAUCAAGACAUAAAAUACUGAACAUGUCUUAAAUGUAGGUGGUUGGUUAGAAGGGAAUCUUUGCAUUUGUCAGCUAAAGCAAACAAGUGCAGAGUUUUGUAUAGUUCUUUACUGUCAAUGAAACUGUUGGAUGACUUUAAUGUAGUUGGUUUGGAUGCUUAUAUCUUUGACUGUUGUUAUCUAUCAUUUCAUAGCCACAUAGCAGCCUUUCCUCUAGAUAGCAACAGCAAAAGAACGCUGUGGUUAGAUUUACAGGACCUAGUUAAUGAAAGUGAUGAUCAUCUGCAUCAAAUGUAUGUGUCAAUUUUUCUAAUAUUGUUUUGUGCUAUGAAGAUAAAGAGUGAGAAAUAAGAAGGCUUGAAUGGUUUUGUAAUCAUUCUCUUUAAGAUCUUGUUGUGGAAGUCGAUAUAGAACUAAUAAAGAAUUUGAUAUUUAUAUACCGGU